UCAAUCCAGACGUCGAAUUGAAAGCAUCACAAAUAAAUCAAUUACAAUGAAUAAGUUUAUUUCAAUUGUUAUUCUAAUGGUCAUCGCUUGUGCUAGCGCAAAGCCUUCACUCGUUGGAGUGGCCCCAAUUGCAUAUAAUGCACCACUUAUAGCCCCUGUCCCAGCACCUUUGCCAUUCGUAACAGCCACAAGUUCCCAAGUCGUAUCAAGAAAUUACAAUGCUGCUUAUGUUGCUUCACCAGUAAUUGCUGCUUCACCUUAUAUUGCCAGUCCAUUAGCAUAUUCGACUCCAUACGCUGCGGCUCCAUUCACAUCACCAGUUUUUCUGUGAGAUAUUCAAUGAGAAAUAUCAUUUUCUUCUGAAGCACAUAUUACAAAUGUGAAAAUUGUAAAAAUUGAAAGAGAAAAUGAAAAAACAAAAACAUUGAACAAAGAAUAAACGCACAUUAUAAAAGUUUAAAA